CCUGUUCAGCCCACUUUCUCACUUUAUCGCCACAAUCACACAUGCAACAGCACUGACACAUAUGUUCAUACUUGUCACACACCGAACCUAUAAAUCACUUUUCGAACGCAACCUGAAUUAGUGGUGAGAGGAGAAUCAGCUAUGGCCAGAUCAAAAGGGCAAGUAUAUGCAUGUUGCGCAUUGAUGCUGGUGUUCUGCAUCAUUGUCGUGUCAGUGUGCAUUUAUCAACGUGGGAAACGCAAGUGUCCACAAGAUUCCUUCUUCCACGCUGCAGUGGCUGCAGACUCUGGGACAUGUUCACGAAUUGGACGGGACAUGCUUCAAAAAGGGGGUUCAGCAGUAGAUGGCGCCAUCGCUGCUCUGCUCUGCACAUCUCUCCUGAACCCUCAGAGUAUGGGCCUUGGGGGCGGAUCCAUAUUCACAGUGAUGGACAGCACCGGCAAAGUAAAAAUCAUCAAUUCCAGAGAGCGUGUUCCUGAGAAGUUUAACGCUGACACGUUGAAGUCAUGUCCCGAUCCUCACCAUUUUGUGUCAGUUGCUCCUGAUCCAGGUCACCUGUGGAUUGCAAUCCCAGGAGAACUCCGUGGUUAUGAAGAAGCGCACAGGCUUUAUGGCAAGUUGCCUUGGGCAACCCUCUUCCAGCCGAGCAUUCAGCUGGCCAGACGGGGGUUUCCUAUUCCACAGAUCCUUGGUGAAUACCUGCCUGUUACCAACAAGUCACAGCUACUGCGUGAGCUUUUCUCUGAUAAACAUGGAAACCUGCUGAAAAUAGGAGAUUUGGUGAAAUUUGAGACACUAGCCAACACACUGGAGACAAUUGCAAAUCUCGGAGCAGAUGCUUUCUACACUGGAAAAAUAGCCGAAGAUUUAAUCCGAGACGUACAGGAGGCAGGAGGGUCGCUGACUUUGCAGGACUUGGCAUCCUACAGAGCAACAGUGAGCGAUGCAUGGACUAUUCCUAUGGGAGAAUACCAGAUGUAUAUUGCUCCACCCCCUGGAGCUGGAAACAUCCUUAGCCUCGUCCUCAACAUCAUGAAAGGAUAUGAUCUGACUCCGGCAUCCCUGAGAGGUGAACAAAAGACAUUGUUUUAUCACCGUUAUGUUGAAGCUUUCAAGUUUGCUAACGGAUUAAAGAAACAUAACCGCGAUCUUGUCAGUUCAGAACUGACAAAGAAAUUCACAGAGGACAGCAUCGCAGAUCAUAUUCGCAGUUUAAUAGAUGACAAAAUGUCCCAUGAGCUGCAGUAUUACAACACGACGCCAUAUCUGGACAGCGUGGGGACCACACACGUGUCAGUGCUGGCCCAAGACGGAUCCGCUGUAUCCGUCACCAGCAGCAUCAACCACAUAUUUGGCUCAAGAGUCUUGUCUCCAAGCACCGGAGUCCUCCUCAACAGCCAUCUGUGUGAUUUCUGCGGAAUAGCUGACAGAUUAUUUGCAGGGGAGCAUCCUCCUUCAUCCAUGGCUCCUACUGUGUUCAAGUCUAAGUCAAAGAUGCUGGUUAUUGGAUCAACUGGUGGCUCUAUGAUCACCACUGGAAUGGCCUCAGCAAUCAUAAACAGCCUUUGGUUUGGAAAGAGCCUUAAGGAGGCCAUUGCCACUCCAAUUCUUUUUGUUAACUCUGAAAAUGCAGUGCAGUUUGAAUUCAACUUUGAUAAGAGUGUAAUCGAGGAAUUGAAAGCUCUGGGACAAAAACAAAAACCUAUGAAGAAGUUGUUCACUGUGCUUAAUGCUGUGGAGAAGGAGGGUAGAUGUAUCCGUGCAGUGUCUGAUUCAAGGAAACUGGGUGAAGCAGCUGGUUACUGAUGGAAUGAUUUGUGGAGCUAAAUUAAUGCAACCUAAUGAAUGUUACCUUGUAAAUACAACCAAACCAGAAUAUGUAGUAUAUUCAAAACUGAAGAAGAAAAAAAAACUAAUUAUUUUGAUGGAGGUAGUGGUUCUCCACCUUUUUUUUUUUU